GUUUCUUUGUGUGCGUCUCGUCCAGGAAAUGUCGCCCGAUGCCAUGGUCUUUCUGGCAUUCAGCAUGCACUGCUUCAGGAUGAUCUUCGUCUACUGCAUCUGUGUGAAUAUGCUGGAGCUUUUGCUGCUGAGGAGGCGCAACAGCCAAUGACAAGCCAAGCCAACAAAAUAAAGAACAAUACUUUCAUUCCCUUCCUUAUUUUUUCUAUUCCUUGUCUUUGGCUGUACUAUUCUCCAAGUCUUUCUUUUAUCCAAAAAUCCCCAAAAUCAAGAUGGCAAACUUAUUUGCAUUGAAGCUGAAAAUCGAUGCGAUUUACGCAAAUUGCAUAACAUUUUGAAUAGGUUUUUCAUCACGGCAUAAAUUACGAGUACAUCGAGCGAGAAGCACGAAACGGAAACGGGGCAAACGGCAAAUGGGAAAUGGGAAAUGGGAAAUGGCAAAUGGAAAACGGAAAUUUAAAUUACCUGCAACAAUCCCAGACAGCAGGAGGAGGAGCAGGAGAAGGAGGGGCAUAAGUACUGGAGGCUGAUACUCCUCCUACUCCUGAUGACGAUGAUGAUGAUGUGGAUGAUGAUAAUAAUAAAAGGCAACGUAGCACAAAGCGAA